CAAACAUGAAACGAAUUCUGCUUAAAUCAUAGAUGUUUAACUAAUAUACUGUACUGCAGCUCGGGGCACAUGCAAACAAACAAAACAUGAAACAGGAACUAAGCAAGCAACACCCUAUUAGUGACCUAUUUAUGUGAUUGAUUUGACUUAGCCUAUCUUCAUCAAUAUCCCCAGUUUAAAAUGACCAAAGUGCCCGCUUUGAUUGGUUUUGAUUUAUGCAAUGUUUCAUGCGCUUUUAUUCUCCAUUUGCGAAUCGCUUCGGAUACAAACCUCUGAACCAUUUAAAUGCAUGCAAAUAAAAGCUUGUCCCAUCUCUCAUCCUGACAUCUCUAAACCUCGCGAGGUUUGAAGCUGGACGCGUCGAGCUCACUGCGCGGAAUUGGGCACAACAACGGUAAUGUACCGCGAAAGCCCAAAACACAUCUCCUGUUAGAAGAGACAGGGUUUCACAAUCUGGUAGGCCUUGAAGACAUCAUAAUGGGCGUUGACAUUAAAGCUACUUUGCAAAUUCUGGCUCUGUUGUUCUUGCAACUGGAAGCAGGGCAAGAUGAAUUGAUCAUCUCCACUGACAAAGGCAAAGUCAGAGGACUGAGGCUUUCUUUGCUGGGUGGUUUGGAGUAUGUGGUGGCCUUCCUUGGGAUCCCCUAUGCCAAGCCUCCAUUGGACAAGCUUCGCUUCAGACAACCAGAGCCUGCUCUGGUGUGGAAUGGGAUACGAGAUGCCACUCGGUACUCCAAUUCAUGCUUUCAAGUUCCAGAUACAUUUUACCCAGGAUUCCCUGGAGCUGAGAUGUGGAAUCCCAACACCAGAAUUAGCGAAGACUGUCUGUACCUCAAUGUUUGGACUCCUUCAACUGACCUCCAGAACCAUGCCAAACCCUUAAUCCCAGUUAUGGUGUGGAUCUACGGUGGAGGCUUUUCCACAGGUACCGCAUCCCUGGACGUGUACGAUGGCCGUUUCCUCAGCCAUUCGCAACAAGUGGUGGUGGUGUCUAUGAACUACCGAGUAGGAGCAUUGGGCUUCCUAUCUCUACCAGAAAGUGAGAGCAUUAAAGGUAAUGCUGGUCUAUUUGACCAGCGCCUGGCUCUCAGCUGGGUGUCAAGGAACAUUGCCGCAUUUGGGGGUGAUCCGUCUUCCAUUACCUUGUUUGGGGAGAGUGCUGGUGCUGGCUCUGUGGGAUAUCAUUUGCUUUCGCAGGGCAGCCAUGGACUAUUCACCCGUGCAAUUCUCCAGAGUGGCAGUCCCAAUGCUCUGUGGGCGGCAGUGGAGCCAGCUCAGGCCUGGAACCGUUCCUUGACUCUGGCUCGGCUUCUGAACUGCCCACUUGGACCAUCUGCUGAUGAAAUGGAGGCUUGCUUAAGGGCUGUUGAACCUGAAAAGAUAGUCAGUCUUCAAUUUGAAGUCAUUCCUGAUUUCGUUAUAAUAAGUGUCCCUUUUCCGCCCACAGUGGACGGAGAAUUUCUCGCGGACAUGCCGAGUGACGUAAUCCAGUCUGGGCAUUUUCUGAAAACUGAACUUCUUUUGGGAUUGAACAGGGAUGAAGGGACAUACUUCCUUAUUUAUGGCGCACCUGGAUUUGGCAUCCAUAACCAAAGCCUUAUCACUCGAGACCAGUUCCUCGCAGGUGUAUCCUUGAGCCUCCCUGGUUUCAGUGACAUAGCCAGAGAAGCGGCUGUAUUUCAGUAUACUGAUUGGACAGAUGAGCAGAGCAAGCCAAAAAACAGAGAGGCCCUAGGCUGGUUGGUGGGCGACCGCUAUAUCUCAUGCCCCUUACUGGAAUUUGCCCGUAGGUAUGUCGAGAAUGGUGGCAGUGCCCAUGUGUUCCUCUUUGACCAUCACUCCAGCUUCAACCCCUGGCCUGGAUGGAUGGGUGUAAUGCAUGGGGAAGAGAUCCCGUUUGUUUUUGGGAUUCCUUUGAACCAGGCCUUUGGAUUCUCAAAGGAGGAGGAAGCCCUGAGCAGGAGGAUCAUGAAGCACUGGAGCAACUUUGCUAGACGUGGUGAUCCGAGUGUGCAGGGAGUGGAUUGGCCACCAUUCACGCUGGAACAUCAGCAGUAUGUCACGCUUAACACUGGCCUGUCACAAACACUCAGGAUGCUUCGAGCCCAGCAGUGCAAGUUCUGGGACAGUUUCCUGCCAAAACUGCAGUAUGUCACAGUGAGUAUUGAUGAAGUGGAGUUCCAGUGGAAGUCUCAGUUCCACCGCUGGCGUUCUUACAUGCUGGACUGGAAGAAUCAAUUUAACGACUAUGCCUCAGUCAAAAAGCAACAGUGUGAAGACCUUUAAUGUCUGACCACAUUUCCCCAAAAACAGCCCAUGCAGUGCACUUAACUGCUUCACAAAGCUACAGAAAGUCAGUGCCCAUGCAUAUGGAUGGAGAAAGCUUCUGUGGUUUCUAUAUCUUCACAAUAUGGUGCCUUUUUGCUUCCUCUGGACCUUGUCUGGAAGAGAAUUGCUUUUUUGGGAAGUAAAAAGGGUCCAUAUUGAGAUAUUUUGGUAAGCUUCUUUAAGUGAUACAAUGUGUAAUCCACACUGGGUAUGAAUAAAUACACUGAGAAAAAAAAAAAAAAAAAAAAAAAAA